CGAGAUUUAAUCCUCUCACCUCCAGACGAUCAGCCGCUUCACAAGCUUCGCUCGGAACUGAUCAAACGAACAUCCGCAUCGGAGCAAAGACGGCUCCAGCAACUAAUAACUUCCGAAGAGCUCGGGGACCGAACGCCCUCCCAGCUUCUUCGACGACUGCAGCAGUUGGUGGGUGAUAGAUUGCCAACGUUUGAUACCUCCCUGCUGCGGGGGCUUUUUCUUCAACGGCUAUUAUCAAACGUACGCAUGGUACUCGUUUCCAACUCAUCCAUGAGCCUUGACGAUCUGGCUCAGCUGGCCGGCAGAAUCAUGGAAGUCGCACUUCCCAUCGCAUCUUCGAUCGAUAGGAUGCCUGGAGAAACGACUGCGACGACGAGACCACAACACGCAGGCAGCGACUACCCGGCUUCUCCUGUGGUUACGGAAUUUCGUCAGCAGAUAUCCGAGCUUACAGCGCAAGUAGCAGCUCUCGUCUCCCGACCUCCUGCCCUCCACCAGAGCCGCUCAACCUCACGGCCAAGAUACUCUUCCUCUCCUAGGCGUCAACGCCAGAACAACGAAGGUUUGUGCUGGUAUCACAGGACUUUCGGUGACGACGCUCGCCGAUGUCACCAACCUUGCUCGGCGUCGGGAAACGAACUUGUCCACCACUAG